AUGGCAGUCAUUGUGGGCUACGUUGCACUUGGCACCUACCUGUUCCGAGUCUGGGAGACAGACUGGACCGUCAUUGACGGCGCAUACUUCUCAGUCAUCACCAUCUCAACCAUCGGAUUCGGCGACCUCGUCCCGGGGAAGGGGCGUUACGAGAAGGUAAAUCGACGGCUGUCACAAGAACCCGCAUAUAAUUCGGCGUGUAGAGCUCCGUUUUAUGGCAUUCCGAUCGGUUUUGUGCGCACACCUAAUGUCCGGAGAGUUAAGGAACUUGUGCGUGUAUAUAUAUAUGUACAGUACGGUUCAGAAUUCGUGCAACAUGCUGACUUUUGCGAAAUACUGGUACACAAUUGCUACUCGGCAUUGAGUAGGGUUGAAAUACCGAUUAUCUUGUAG